AUGAAGCUGUUGUCCGCGAUGAUCCUCUUGGGUGCUGGGAGUUUCCUAGUCCUCGCACUUCCCACCUCCGAUAGCACAGCCGCCCACUCGAUCGAAGAAAACAUUGCGUACCCCGAGGCGUACAGAGAAAAGCGUACCGGAAAACCUCAGGCACGCUUUGUCUCCGUCGAGGCGGAGGUUGCUUACCCCGAAGCAUACGCAGAGAGUAUAUGA